CCCACCUGUGGCAUAGGCAUAAGUUAGAUGAUCCAACUCUCUCACUCACGGAGGCGAUAGAUAUAGAGAUAUGGAUAUAGAGAGAGAAACUAACGAACCAUCAUCAAUUACCAUAACCCCCAUGGAUACCGGAACAGCCGGUGCCGGUGCCGGUGCCGGUGCCGGUGCCAGCGCCGUUGCCGGUGGCGGAGGCGGUGCCGACAAUCUCCCCUCAGCCACCGUGUCGCAGUGGACCUCCUCCGUGUCGCAGUGGUUCCAGCACGUACUCGACAAGUCGACCCCUCACGUCCUCCACCGUUGGAUCGCCUUUUUCGCCAUCGCGAUCAUCUACGUCGUACGCGUGUACUUCGUCGAGUUCUACAUCGUCUCCUACGGUCUCGGCAUCUACAUCCUAAACCUCCUCAUCGGCUUUCUCUCUCCUCAGGUUGACCCGGAGUCCCAAGACCUCUCCGGUCCCACACUGCCCACCCGAAGCUCCGACGAGUUCCGACCGUUCGUUCGCCGACUUCCGGAGUUCAAGUUCUGGUAUUCCAUCACAAAAGCUUUCUGCAUUGCUUUUGUGAUGACAUUCUUCAGCGUGUUUGAUGUUCCUGUCUUUUGGCCGAUACUCCUUUUCUACUGGGUGGUACUGUUCACUCUCACCAUGAGGAAACAGAUACACCACAUGAUCAAAUACAAAUAUGUUCCAUUCUCGUUGGGAAAACAGCGGUAUGACAGAAAGAGGGAAUCUUCAACUGAAAGUGCAAGCCUUCUUCCUAGAGAAUAGACCUUCAGCUAGAUCUUUCGAGGAUGAGUUGGUAGGAGAAGCUCUCCCAAGCACGGCUUUCUGGGCGUUCUACUAUUAUUCCAUAUCUGGAUCUUCUCCAGCCGCUAUGCUAACUCUGGAGCUCCCCCAGAAAUAUUAACCUUCUAGGAAGCAAAAUGUUUUUAUUUUAUUUAUUUUUUGUUUAAUUCGCUGUAUAGGAGGAAUAUGCUACACUCUGGACAAGAUGGGCUUUUCUAAUUUCAGGAUAUUUUGAUUAGAUCCUACUUUUUCCAUUUGCUUAGAAAUGGCUUGGGAUGCAUUGCCCUUUAGAAUGAAAUACUGUGCCUUAUUUUGGAUUUUGAA